GUGGGGGUAGUGGGAUCUGCAGGCACUGCUCACUCUGCAGGGCAGGACCCUGGGCUGGGGGCAGCUCUUGGGCACAGACCCUCUGGAGGCCAUGCAAUAGCCCCUGGCGUCAGUGCUGUCCAGCAGUACCAGUCUUGUGCCACCUUCCCCAGACGGACUUGAGCUGCAGAGUGUCUCUGUCCCUUUUAAAUCCUUCUGCCAUACCCCAGCCUUUCUCUGGGGGUGUCCUUUCUCUGACAAAGCAAGAGAAAGACAGAGACUCCCAGCCCACGUGUCCCACUGACCACUCAUCAGUCCUGUGGGGACAGACAACCUGCCUGUCCUGGUGGUUCUGUGCCCUCCUGGCAGCUUCCAUGUGCUGCUGACAGCAGGAGGGAGAACCAUGGGACCAUGGACCAUGGGUCGACACAAACAUUACAGACACCCAGGACCGUCACUGUUGUCACUGCUCUCAGUCCUACCUGAUUUCAGGUCUCAGGCCCCUUUGUCCCAGGACCUCUGGCCACAUUCCCCUCUCAGGCGACUUCCUCACAUUGUCCUGGCCCCGCGGAGUGUAAAACCAGCUGGGCACAGGGGAAGCCAUGCUUUCCUGGAAGCAGCCUCUGAAAACAGCCUCUGGCACAGGCAGCCCACACUGGGCAGAGUGGUGCACACUGCCUGGGCUUCCAUGAGCCACCAAACAGUCCCAGGCAGGCUGGGGACAUCACCGUGGGAAGGCUGGUGGGCAACCAACCAUGGCCACCCUGUGCCCAGUGGUUCCUUUGGCCAUGAUGCGGCGAUGUUUGGCUGCCAGGACCGGCUGGGUCUGACAGGUUGCCAUGCCAGGCUUAUUGAGGCUCUCAGGAAAGAUUUGUGGCUGGAGUUUUGCUGGGAAGCAUGGGAGAGUGAGGGCUGCAGUAUGAGGAGGCUGUCAGGCUCCCAGGGAGCCACAGCACAGCUGAGAGAGGACUCUGCGUGCUGGUCCUACUGCCCAUGGUGGAGGGCUUGGUGCAGGAAUCUGGGUCCAGCCAGACUCUGGGGCUCCAAUGCCUGCCCCAGUCAUGCUGCUCUGGCCCUGGGAGAAGUGGAUCUCAGCCUCUUGUCAGGGAGCAGCCUGAGUCCACCUUGGCUGGUGGGGUCCUGGGCCAAGCCCUGCUGCCAGCACAGCUGUGGGCGGUUCCCAUCCCUACAGCACGGACGAAUGACACAGUGGGUCCCACCUGGGCUAGGCUCACUGGCCAAAUCCUGCAGCACACACACCUCCCCUCCUGCCAAAACUCCCUGACCAGGGCCCAUCACACUGCUGGGACUGGAUGUCCUUGCACACUGCAGCUCUGAGUCCUGCCAAUGGACAAGGACAUUAUUGACUGGUUUGCUGCUAGUGGUUUUCAUAGAAACCUCACAUAAUCCAGCUGUCUCCCCAUGAGCCGAGGGACCCUCACAGCUGCCAAAUCUGCCCUGCCACCAGCAACUUCUGCAGUGCCCUUAUUUCCCAUCAGUACAAAAAGCAGCUGAUUCCUUGUUAGACAAGGAGCUUGGAAGAGCCGAAAACCUCAGGCAGAUCCGGUGUGUCAAGACCUCUCAGUGCCUCUCGUGCUGCUGGGCAUCUGCGUGGGAGCAUGGGGACGUGCUGUACCAGAGUUCUGGCAUGGCCAAGCUGGGGUCUGGGCAUGGCACCGCUGAAAGGCUUCCUGCCCCUCUGGCCUCAACCACCAGCAAGCCAGACACCUGUGCAGGUGGCCCUGCCUCACUGGGGGAUUGAAGGUGUGCCACCAGACAUGUGACAGUAGGAGGUGUCCUGGAGAGGGUCAGAUCUGGAGAGAGCAUAGUCUCUUGGCUUCCCCAGUGAGGGCUCAUCCCAGGCACAGCAUGUGCAAGUGGCACAUGGGGCAGGUCUGCUCAGUGAGCACCACUGCCGUGUGGCAGUGGGCCUGGGGGUGUCAGCAGGGGGUCGCUUCAGGAUUUCAUUCAGACCUGGGUGUGCAUCCGGCCCUGGGGCUGCCGUGCACACGGACGCGGCUCCACAUCCUGCAGGGAGCUGGUCCGGCAGGUCCGGUUCGGCAGGGGGUGAGCUUGGGACAGGAGGUGUUUCUGCGGCCGCUGCCAGCUCCCUCUGUGUGCUCUUUUCACUUCCUCUCCACUCGCUGUGGAGCAGCAUGCGCCUGGCUCGUACCACAGGAAUGUCCCCAAGCCGCACGCGCCGGCAACGAGCAGCCCAGGAUCGAGGGCAGGCCGGGCACUCGCUUGAAACUGGUGGCACCCGGUCCCGGCACUGCGGCACACGGCUCCGGCCGGCGGGCUUGGGAUGCUCUCAGGAUCGGUCUCGGCCCCAGGUUCACUGCCCUCGCCCUCCGGCGCGCUCGGUGCUCCGGACCCGCGGCGGCAGCUGCCGCUGUGCCUUUACCCGUUGCCAUGGCUGCUCUGCUGAUGGCGCAUCGCCCGCUGCUGCCGUUACAUCAUUCCUGACAGUGCUCCACGCUGGCAGAGGGUCCGAGCAGCUCCAGACGUGCCCCCGGCACCUCCUGCACGUGGGGAGCGAGCCUGAGAGGGAGAAGUUUGGCAGUGAAUUCAAGCGAGAGGCAUCGUUUCACAGGAGCUUCAGCCUGGAUUGAAACAGCUCUGAUGGCUCUGUCAAGUAUCUCCUUGUGGAUUCGGGAUGCCUGGGCUGUGGGUGAGUAGGGAUUCUGGCAUGGAGCAGGGGUGACUCAGGAGAUACUGAGGGGCUGGGAUCCUGCAGGGAUGCUGUUCCUGCAGGAGAGAGUAGAGCUCAGCUCCCCUUCAAGCAAACUUCCCGGGAAUUCAGCCUCAGUCCUUGUGUACCCGCCAUGGCCACAACACCCCAAGCCUGGACACUAGCUCAUGCUCAGCAGGACUCCGAGGCUGCAGCAUCUACUGCAGCUGAGAACAUUCCAGGCAGAUGUCCUUUGGCAGGCAGGGUAGGGGAUGCUACCUGCUCCACUCUGCACACCCUGGGGCCAGAAGGGUGCCUGGAGCCAGCAGGGAGUAUGGUGAACCCCCCACCAGCCAUGCCUCAGUUUCCCUCAGCGGCAAGGCUGGCCAGGCUCAGGUCUAGACUGCUGGAGUUGGUGGGAUGGAGCUGUCCCUCUGGCUCUCCUGUCCCAGGAUGCCUUCAUCUCCUGCAGGCUUUUGCCACGGGGUGGAAGCCCCUCAGAGGUAUUUUGUGCUCUGAGCCUGUCACUGAUAAGCGUGGUAGGAGGGUCACUGCCAAGGGCAUUGGCUCAACUCAGCUCCCCUAUCCUGGCCAGCCGCUGUCUCCUCUUGCCAGACACUCCCGCUUGGCUGGGGCAUCCCUUGCCCAUAGAUGGGGGUGGCAUCUGGGCUUCCUCGCACACUUACAACCUGCCCUUGUACUGAGCCUGCAUUAGGCUGCUCUGAAAUACUGCCUGUCCCUUGGGAGCAAUGUGGCAGUGGCACUGAAUCAGGACUGCUGGCUCCUUACACCCUAUCGCCGAGCUGUCGUGUGGUGCUGGGCUUGGCAUGCUACUCCCAAAACACCCUCGGAGUGCCUACUCCCAGGGAGCCAAAGCCUCGGGGUGCUGCUCACUCUGGCACAGUGCUGUCCUUGCAGUGCACGGUUGGGCCAUCUGGGCGUCAGGAGAGUGCUCGGCUCAUCGGUUCUUGCCCCCACCCCUUCUCCCCUCCUGUGGAGAUGCAGCCCACGAUGCCUAUGCGUUGGUGAUGCCAGCACCUUGGCAAUGCCAGCAGCCCAGCAGUGCCUGCACCACAGCCCACACCGGCUCAGGAGUGCUCUGUGUCACUCACAGUCCCAAAUGAGCAUGUGUCAGCAAAGAGGGGGAAGCUUCACGGGGGAGGACCCCCGGCACUGCGUGUUCCCCUUGUGGCCGAAGCUGCCCCUGCGGCGGGGCAGGGAGCUGGGCGUGGGUGCUGCCACAUUUCCGCCGCGCCCAGGGCGGCCCCGGGUUUGGUGCUGUGGUUUCCCCACGUGGUCGGCGCCCGAGGUGAGUGGCGGGGGUGACUCGGAGCAGAACCAGGAGCAGAGCCACCUCUAACCUGGACCUCGAGGGCAAGAAAGCCACCCCCACCAAGCUGCCAUGGCAGCAGCCUGUGAACGUCUUCCUGGCAGCUGGGCGCCCACCAGGCAUGGAGCAGCUGCACCAGGAGGCCCAGCUCAACCUCCAGAGCUUGCUGCAAGAGGAGUAUGAGGAGCAGUACACCGAGAGCAGGGUCACUGGGCAGACCUUCCGCGCUGCUGGUCACCUGCCCCCCAACACCUCCCCUGAACCAUCACCUCGACCCCCACCUGCCAAGCGCCUUGAGUUCGUGCUUAUGCCCCCGAGCCAGCAAGCGGCCGAAGAGGAGACCACCAGCAGCACUGUGCUCAGUGCUCGGCCUCAUGACACCUCCCUGAGCCUCCCCACCAGCCCGGACAAGCAGCCCCCCUGGCCCAGGGCCUUCCCCUUGCCCCCUGAGGAGGAGAAGCAGUGGCACCAGCCCAGCUCUAUCCAGACCAACAUUGUCCCCAUCAAUGUCUCCGGGCAGCACUUUGCUAGGCACGUGAGUGCUCAUCACUCCCUGUUUAACACAGAGACUGCGAUGAACCCAAAGUCCACCCUGCGGCGUAGACGGACCAUUAUUGGAUUCCCUAACCUGUCCCUGCGAGACCAAGGCAGCGCCAACGGCCCCAAAUCCAGCACACACGCGCCCAUCAGUGAGUCCCUGUCCUGCAGCUUUGUGCCUGAGACCACGAGCAGGGGGACGACGUCCCAGGAGAUCAGCCCUCGUCCACCCCUCUCAGCCCCACUGAGAAAGACCUUCAGUGACCUCGGGGCCCGCCACUGCCAGCCACCUGCUGCCAUGGAUGGGGCAGCCAACCCAUGUGCCAGUGCCUGCAAUGGGACACAGGGCACCCCUUUUUCUCCACCCUGGACCCCCCUGGGUUAUGGGAGCCCCCCCGGCCUUACCACUGGCCCAGGCAAGGGGCCCACCUGCACCUCACAGGGCAGCUUCAUCCCAUCACCAAGCCCAGGUUCACCCGCCGCCUCCACCUCCUUCUUCAUUGCCACAGAAGAGCGCAUGGGCAGCAAUGGGCCCAGCUUUUUCUCUGGCCCAGUGCCUGCUUCACCCCCCAGCUCCGGGUGCAUCCAGGGAGCCAAGGGGAAUUUCUUGCCAGGAAGCCAAGAGGAGCUGGAGCCAGCGGCAGGGCCAGCGCAGCUGGAUGUGGAACGGGCAGGGUGCCGGUUCCGUGAGCGGUCACUGUCAGUGCCCACUGACUCGGGGUCCCUCUGCUCUGUGGACAUCGCAUAUGCUGAGACCCGGCGGGGCAGCGCCAACUAUGCCCUGGGCUACCCCAGCGCCAGCUCCGAGGGCAGCACCAGCACUGACAACAUCUCCCUGGGGCUGGAGCCUGAGGGGCAGCGACGGCGGCGUUCCAAAAGCAUCUCCCUGAAGAAGGCCAAGAAGAAGCCCUCGCCACCCACACGCAGCGUCUCACUGAUCAAAGAGGGGCAGGACGGUGAUGUGGGGCUCAGUGCAGCACUGCCCAAGGACCAGCGGCCCAAGAGCCUGUGCAUCCCACCAGAGCUCCAGGGUCACCGGCUAGUGCACGCCGACCCCCAGGGGAGUGCAGGCAGGGAGCCCAACAGCACAGCUACCCCCCACCAGUGGCAUCUCACGGACUGGAGGGCAAGCAGUGAUCCCUACCAGUCCCUUUCUGGCUCAAGCACAACCACAGGGACCACAGCUGUUGAGUGUGCCAAGACACAGGGCAGCUCUGAGUCCCUCGUGUCCCCUUCAGUCUCCAGGGCCACGACGCCCUCCCAGCUCUCUGCCGAGGCAGACCUCAAGACCUCCUCACCAGGCAGGCCCACAGGGCUGAUGUCCCCAUCCAGCGGGUACUCCAGUCAGUCGGAGACCCCAACCCCCACCGUACCCACCUCCACCAUUCUGGGGCAUUCCCCACACCAGGUGCGUGUGAGGCCACUAGUUCCCGAGAGGAAAUCCUCUCUGCCCCCCACAUCCCCCAUGGAGAGGAGCCCCAAGGGCAGGCUGUCCUUCGACGUCCCACUGACUCCACCCACCCACCUUGACCUCUCAGGGCUGAAGAUCUCCCUGAAGGGGAAGACUAAGGUCAGCCGGCACCACUCUGACUCCACCUUUGGCACCAAGCUGGCCCAGAAGACCAGUCCCAUCACACCCAUCAUGCCCGUGGUGACACAGUCCGACCUGCGCUCUGUCCGUCUCCGCUCCAUCAGCCGCUCAGAGCCAGAGGACAACGCUGAUGGCCCAGAGCACACAGAGGAGCCAGCACACAUCCCCUGCCCAGGGCUGGAGAGAAAAGUGAAGCCACCCGUGGCAGAGAAGCCACCACUGGCCAGGCGCCCCCCGUGCAUCCUGCCCAAGCCCCCAGUUCUGCGGGAGGAGGGUCCACUGUCCCCCAAAUCCCCACCAGGCACUACCGCCAAGGAGAAGGGGCUGGCACAGGAUGCCUUUGUGGUGCUGCGGAGAGGGGAGCUGAGGAGGGGUCUGGGGGAGCCCCAGUUGUCCCUGACCCCAGCAGGGCCCCGGCGGCUCUCGCAGGGCAGCCUGGAUGAGCUGCGGCCAGAGCGGAGUGGCGCUGAGGGGGAGCGCAGGAAGGCCAAGGUGCCCCCGCCCGUGCCCAAAAAGCCCAGCGUGCUGUACCUGCCACUCAUCCCAGCCCCAGCACAGCUGGGAGCUGGUAUGGGGGACCUGCCACCCACCCCCAGCCCCAUCAUCACCCUGGACACUGACCCCACCUGCUGCGACCCUGAUGCUGAGGAUCCGCCAUCUCCCAAGGCUGUGGGCACCAUGCCUGCCAGUGAGCCUGCCUCAGAGCAAGGCAGCUCAGCGGAAGCCGGCAUGGAGGAGAAGAGCUUUGCCAGCGACAAGACAGCCGAGUCCAUCGUGGAGGAGGACGAUGAGGUGUUCACAACAUCUCGCACAACAGAGGAUCUCUUCACAGUGAUCCACAGGUCAAAGAGGAAGGUCUUGGGGCGGAAAGAGCCUGGUGACACCUUCAGCAGCCGACCCACCUCCCACUCACCUGUAAAGACUUCAGGCUCCCCAGCUGGCGAGUCUCUGGCAGCAGCGGGCAGCAGUGGGAAAUCUUCCAGCAGGAAUGAGGAUUUUAAAGCUCUGCUCCAGAAGAAGAGCAGCAAAACAAGCCCCGGUACUCGGCCAUCUGCCGCCGAACUGCUCAAGACCACAAACCCGCUGGCCCGGAGGGUCAUCACAGAGUUUGCCCCUGAGCUGGAUGGUGCAAACAGCCUCAAAAGUCAGCCCUGACCACACAGGGGCUCCUCCAGCCAGAGGGGUGACAAUGGCUGCAGAGGGAGCGCUGCUGCAGAGGGCUGUCCUGGCUGCUGGGGAGCCCCUGUAUCCUGCUGGGGGGUUCUUCUGCUUUUGUUCCUUACUUGGAGAGCUGCUGGCAGAGAGGCAGUGGCUGGAGCCCAAGCUCUCAUGGCUCUGGGCCCUUCCCUCAGGGGAAGUUGCUGAAACUGGCCCUGGCUGAGCCAGCUCCUGGAAUUGAAGGCACCUGCCCAGGAAGCAGAACAGGAUCGCAGCCCUUGGUGUUGCCCCAUGCCCGCAGCAAAGCAGCUUGAGACUCUUCGGUCCCUUUGGCAUGUGGUACUUUAAACAGAUUUUCUAAUGCACAGUGGUGGUAAUGUUUGAUUCUCUUCCCUUUGACAUUGUACCUUGAGUUUCCCAUGCAGAGAUCCCCUGGUUGAAUUCAGCUGGACACACAGAUGCACUUUGGGAAGACGCCAGGGGUUCAGCUGGAUCUGCGGUUGCUUUUGAAGAGUCACAGGAGGUUCCCUGUCAUUGCCCUGAGCAUCCUCCCUAGCACACAGGGAACUGGCACCCAGCAUCCACAGCCAGCGCCACCACCUCAAGCCAAAUCCCCACCCCUUGAAAGCCCCCAGAAUGCUGCAUUUUGGAGCUCCUCAGCUCUCAGUCCAAAAACAAACCUUGGGGUCAUCUCCACUACCAGUCCCCCCUGGCCUCACUGCACAGGGGCUCUGGCAGCCACCCCACUCCCAUGCCGGGGGUCCUGCACCCACCUGCCAACUGGGGCAAUGAGGGUGCUGUGCCAUGGGAAGGAAGCUCGUCCCCAGCUCUGCCUCCUGCAUCUCCACAACAGACCCUGUGACAACUUCUCCUGCUGCCCUGGCCACCAGAGGUCCUGAGAUACUACCAAGAUGGUGGCUGGAAUCCAGAUGGACUUCACCUGAGCCACCUCCCUGGUGACUCCAGGGUCCCCCCAGGAUUGCCCACCACUCACCUGUGCCCACUGGCCGCCAGGGAGCUGAGCAAGGCCGAGUGGGACACAUGCCAUCAGGGCAGGUGCACGGGGCCGUGGAAGAGGGUUUGAACAUCCCCAGGCGGGACUCAUCCCCCUCACUCCCAGCUGCCUCUUCCUGGCUUGGCUCCAGCAUGGGGGCCCAGCAGCCAGUAACAGAGGCUGUGGUGUGGGGCUCAGGGCAGGGCAGGGAGGAAAUGUGAGCUCCGAGCAGGAGCACGGCCGCACGCCCAGAGAAACAGGAAGGGCCAGCCACGGCUGACAAGGAAACAGGGUGUUUAGGAAAAUUUCUGCUUGAUUUCUUGAUGUAUUUCCACACACUCCAACCCUCCUGUGCUGCAGGGGGAGCGGUGCAGUGGGUCCAAACAGCAGCAGGGCACCACAGCAGUGCUUCAGCUGCCUCUCCAAGGGGCCUGGUCUGCUCUGGGGGGUCUCUGCCCCACCAGGAGCUCUGCAUCCCUGGGGAGCACAGCCCAAACACUUCCUGAUCCUUGCCACCACCCUGAAUCUGAUCCCACUGAGGCUCCAGUGGGUUCCCAUCUCCUCCCUCCUGGUAUUUGCCCAUCUCUCUCUUUCCUCUCCCAGGGCUGCAGAUUUAAGCCUGUAAUUAAGAGCCAGGCUGAGAAACUCAGGAAAAAAAAAUCACAAAAAAAGCUCUAAUGAAUGUCCACAUUUCACCCCCAUCUCGUGGCCCCAGCCAGUGGCAGGGUGCUGGCGCAUGAUGGGGCCAGGGCACAGCUUGGGAAGCUCUGGGGACAGGUACAUUUUGCACAUGACUGCUCAGGAAACCAGGGACAGAGUCGGCAAAGGGGGCUGGGGGCAAGCACGGGGCAGGGACCCCCUGCAACACCCCCAGCACCACUGGCAGCUGGAGUGGCCAAUGCUGCUGGGGUGACAUAUCCAAGUGGGCCAGAAGUCAACUGUGAGACAGAGGUUGGCCAUGGGAUGGAGAUCCUAAUUUCCCUGGCUGGAGGAACGUGCUCUUCCUGGGGCUCUUCCUGGCUGAGUGCUCAUCUCUGGCCGCUCUCUCCCUGCUCUCUCUGGCUGCAGCUGUUCCUCUGGGAAGGCAGUGGAUUCCCAGGAAGAGUCUGGCUGGCAGGACAGCCCUGCCCCGGGGUGGGGGCCGCCAAGGUGCCAACUAUGGAAUGCUGUACUUUUUAUCUCUCCAGCUUGGUAAAGUGCUCCCUGCUGCC